AGACCUGUGGUUUCGCGGGGACACCCUUUUGCAGAGGAUGUCCUAAGAGGGGACUUGCCUAGCAACUUCAGGGAGUUGAGCUUGUCCUAUGAUGGGUCGGCGGACCCAGCCAGGCACUUGAGAUCAUUCGACAACAUAGCUGUGCUGCACAGGUAUAGUGAUGUUGUGUGUUGCCGGGCCUUCUUGACGACAUUAAAGGGGUCCGCACAGGAUUGGUUCCAUCAGUUGCUAGCAGGAUCUAUCGAUUGCUUUGAGAGGUUCAGCUCGUUGUUUCUCAAUCAGUUUGCAAUUGCCCGGAAGCACGAGAAGACGUACCUCUCGUUGAUUAAUAUGCAACAAAAGGAAGGGGAGACCUUGCGGCAAUAUGUAGCGCGAUACACUAAGGAAUGCGUGGAGGUCCCUUCUGCCUCGGAAGAAGUCAAAGCUGGAGGCCUUACUCGAGGAUUGAGGCCUGGAAAGUGUAGAGAUUCAUUGGCGAAGAGGCCGGCAAGGUCCUUUGAUGAGCUGCUUGAAAGGUGUAGCAAAUAUGUGAACAUGGAGGAAUCGGAGGCGGACUUCAUCCGGAAUGAUAAAGUAAAGGCUAAGCAGCCAGAAGAGAGGCCUCGACAGAGUGAUCGGCGAGCUGCCCCUAAGGAGUCUCGGGUUGAGGACCGGUUCAGGGGGCCGAGGUAUGAGCACUACAAACCACUUAAUUCUCCAAAGCAGGAGAUCUUGGAGAUGAUGGAGAAGCGGGGGGAAGAUAAGCUGCUCGCGCAGCCGAAGCCUUUGCCUCCUCCACGAAAAUUUUUGGCAUCAAAAGACAAGUAUUGUCAGUACCACCGAGACUAUGGUCACUCUACUAACUUUUGCCGAGAGUUGAAGGAUGAGAUUGAGCGGCUCAUUAGAGCCGGUCCUUUGAAAGAGUUCAUGAUCAGGGAUAGAGAGCGCCAAGAAGAUUGCCGGGAAGGGCGCGAAUCGGGGGACAAGCGGCGGAGGAUUGAUGAACAGCCUGACAGACCGGUAAAGAAAGGUGUCAUACAUAUGAUUGCGGGAGGUCCUACGGAUGGAGACUCACAUAGAGAGAGAAAGAGGACCUACCGGGGCAAGGGUGUGGCUCAUGAGGUGGCUGAGGUACAGGUGCAGAGGAGCUUGGCCACUUUGAAAUUUGGAGUUGAUGAUGUGACAGGGCUUGUCAUCCAACACAAUGAUGCCUUGGUCAUCACCGCGGAGGUAGCCAGUUACGAUGUGCAGAGGGUACUUAUAGACACCGGGAGCUCGGCAGACAUCAUUUUCCUUAAGUGCUUGCAACAGAUGGAGUUAGACGUGAAGGUCGAGCCGGUCCACACUGCCCUCUAUGGCUUCAGUG